AUGUCCUCACCGGUAGAUCAUUCCUCAAACAAAGGGCUGAAACAAGAUGAUUUUCGUAAGCUAUUGCAAACGCCUCGACCUGGGGAAUUACCUGUAAAGGGUAGUCUAGGAAGUGCCAUAUCAAAGCAUCGGAUUGCUCCUCCUGCUACACCCAAGGUCACGUUUGCUGACAUUCCAACUCCAAGACCAAAGAGAACCCAUUUCAAAAAACCAGUCGAUACUGCUACAGAUUUUGAAACGACCGAAACGAAUAAAUAUCGUGAUCGAGCUGCUGAACGUCGUAAGGGUGCGAACCCCGAUUACCAAGAGACCGAGCAGAUUCUAAAAGCAUUAAACAAGAGUGAAACGCUCGAGGCAAAAACCAUCUAUGAACAAUCUAAAUAUUUAGGGGGUGAUACAGAACACACGCAUUUGGUAAAAGGUCUUGAUUUCGCUUUAUUAGCGAAAGUACGUAAUGAACUAGAUCAAGGAGGUGGUGGUGGUUCAGGAACAUCAAUAGCAUCUGAUAAAGAUGAAGAGCUCGAGGCAGCUCUAAGACGAUUAAAAGAAGAGACCGAAGAGAAACCACGAAUAAAUAGCCGACUUGCACAAAACAUUUAUGAUAUUGCUGUUAUUGACGCAAAGAAAAAACCACCAAAAGUUAAUGAACUAUUUAUUGCUGGUCGUAUGGCGUAUAUUUUUGAAUUGGCGGACGAGAUGGGCGAUUAUGGAGACCCGUUCGCGAUACCUACCACCGUGAUAAGAAGUAAAGCUGACAUUGGUGAUAUUAAUGCAGAGGACAAGACCACGAAUGAUUUAGUGAUUGAAAAGAUCUCGCAGGUUAUGGCUUAUGUGAGAAAAGGUGAACGGAGUGGAGGCGUUGAUCUAAAAGAUAAAAAAAUUAAAAGAAAAUUAAAAGAAAAGCAACCUGAAGAAGUUCGAAUGAUGAAGUUUGCUGCCAUAGAUGAUACGGAGGAUAUUUUUGCUGAAGCUGGAAGAGAUUAUGAAACCGCGUCUGUUGAAGGAAAGCUUAAAACAAAAGAUGAAGAAGAGGCGAGUGAUGAAGAUACUGGAUUCAUUGGUCCAGUUUUUCCGGCUGCUGCUGGAAAUAAUAAUAAGUUAAAAUCAAAUUAUUUUGGUGAGAGCUCUCAACAGCAAGAUGAAGAGGAUAAAAUGGACAUCAAUGCAACAAACAAUCAGCCCAUAGAUUAUUUAAUAGAGCAAGCCUCUAUUGGAAUUAAAGAUACUCACUUAAAAAAGAAAUUAUUGAGCCACGACAGUUACGAAGGAGAUUAUUCAACCUAUGGACUUGGUAUGAGCUCUACUAUGAGUGGAACACGAGAAAGUGCUUACGAAUCCGGACAUUCUGACUCGGACUCUGAUGGUACCGGUACUGAGCACACUAUUCGUGAUCAAGGUGUCACAAAGAAUAAAAAGGCACAACUUUUAAGAUGGGAUUUUGAUACGGAAGAAGAGUGGCAAGAUUAUAAGGACAAUGUCACUGCGAUGCCAAAAUCAGCUUUUCAGUUUGGUGUAAAGACAGGUGAUGGACGCAAGACCAGACGUAGUGGCAAAGAAUUAACAGAGAAACAAAAAAUUGAUAGAGAUUGGCAAAAGAUUAGUAGAAUUAUGGAACAGAAAUACGGAGGAGGUGGAAAAGGUGGUGGUGAUGAUGACGGACCCGCAAAGAAAAAACAAAAGAAGUGA